GACUGGGCGCACGAGGCCGGGCAGCAAGCGGCGGGACUUCCGGUUCAUUGUCAAGCAAGGGCUCACUGGGUGCACGGUGCCAUUCAAGAGUGCGCCGGGCAGCUACACUGCCAAGUUCGGCACGCUCUGUGUGCAGCCCAUCCCGUUCCUCCUGCACACUGUCUCGCCGCCCGCGCUGCAACCCGAUAAGCUCUGGUACUUCAAUUCCUCCAUCAGAGACAUUCCCAAGGUGGGGUAUCGAGCACUGUUUAUUGAACUCGCACAGUCGGACGCGCGCGCAGCCACCCAUACGCAGCAGCGCACGCGCACGCGGGUGCACGUGCGCCAGCAGUACGAAUAG